AUGGCGAUCGACAUGCCCGACAAUAUGCGCCCACCAAAAGGAAUCAACGCCGCCGCCUGGCAGUUCAUCGACCUGGUGAAUGAGAGCCACAAUAUCGUGACCGCGAGUGAUCUCUACGCAUAUCACGUACUACCAAGUAUUACUGCAGACCUCGAAGCCAUGGGCGUUACCCUCGAUCAAGAAUAUCAUGCUGAUUGCCAUGCCGAAACGCGAUGGAAGUUCCUCGAUGCUCAACAAAAAAAGUACUGGAAGAAGCGGGUCAAGGAGUACAGAGCUGGAUUUCUUCAACCUCUUGAGAGGAGCACAUACGAGUACUUCUGCGCUGAGCGCCACUCGAUGCAAGACGACGAUUGCAGUGACGCCGACGACUCUACACGCACCCUCGACGGCUCCUCGACACCGUUCAAGUUCCUUCGUACUAUCACGAAAGCUCAGGUCACAUCUGAUUUUGAGUCAGCUCAGAAGGUGACAUCAAAGUCGAGGGGCGAACCACCGAUGGAGAAGGCACGGCUACACCCCACUCGUUCUCCUGUCAGUCGUCCGACUUUCAACGCUUCGGCUGUCGCGAAGCUCGAAGCAGCUCUACAGGAAGCGGGUCCUAAAGCUCCAACGAACAACCCAGCACGCAGUACAUCAACUGUCAAGAAGGUUCGCACACCUGGUGCUCCAGUGGUAACCGCACCUCCAGCCAAGAACAAUACCAAGAAGGUGAAUGCACUUCGUGUCAGAGGUGUGCAAUACAGCAAGCACGAUGACGCGAUAGUGCACCUUCUUGGCGGACCUGCGAUGCAUUUACAGUGUCCAGACUAUACGACCGGCAUCUCCACCAUCCUUUGCGACAUUGCCAAGCGCAUGCAAAAGGAUACAACAUUGACGCUACGAGGACGCUAUCAUGGCGUGAGGAUCAACUUCGAUCCGCGUGCUAGCGAUGUCACCAGUAUCAGAGCAAGACUUCUGGCUGCAGAAGCGAACGGCGAGACGAUCGACCCGGGUCAGCGCAAGCUAUGGAACCCGAAAGCUAAGAUGGGAUUCGUGUUACGAUUCCUGGUGGACUGGAAUCGUAAUUCUCGUGCUUUCCAAGAUUGUACAUCGACCGGCAUCAAGCCAAAGACUGCUCAUCGCUGCAUGAAUGAGUAUACCUCGCGCUGGACUUGGCUCGAAUGCUUGGCUGGCGUGAUUGGUCCAGUCACCUACGCACGACGCGACGUUGUGAUCUGCACCAUCAUGCAGCUCCUGCGUGAGCGAGCGAAGCAGCUGUGUCCUGCUGCGUUGACGACUGGUGUGUAUGGCCUCUUGGAGCAUGAUGGCAACUUUGGGCGUCAGCUUUCUUCCUGCUUCACCUACACGACACUAUCAUCAGAGGAGUACUGUGACUUGAUGGAACAGAAGAUGUUCGACCUGGGCCGCAAGUACAACAUACUCUAUCUGACGGAGAGAUGA